AUGAAUAGCAGCUAAAAAAUUAGAAAGGGAUCUCGUAACAUGAAGUAUGAAUAAUAUUUCACCUUUAGGUAUAAGAAGAUUUCACAAGAAUAAAGGACUUAAAUAGUAAAUGAAUUAACAAAGAAUGGAAAGACUUUGAAGGAAGUAAAUAAACAUAUUUUAUAAAAUAGGUUUCUGAAGAAACUUAAUUGAAACCUUCUACUGUUAAAGCUAUAUUGUAAGUCUAUUUAAAGGAAGGUAGAAUUGGCAAGAAAUCAACUCGAGAUAGAAAGGUGAAAUUGUUAAACACCACAGUAAUUGCUUUGAUUGACAAAACAAAGUAAAAUAUUUUUAUAUGUUAUUUAAAAGAAACAGUGAUCAUGCUAUAGAGAAUCUUUAGUUUAUUCAUCCUAUGAUCAAAAUAAAUUAAUAAUCAUCUGAAAUAUCACAUAAUGGUUAGACCCUAGCUGAAACUUAAUAGAAGCUUGAUUAAUACUCAAAAUAACUUAUGAUGUCUUAAGUUAAAGACUUUUUAAGGGAAAAGAAAAAAGAAAUAUUAGAAUAGUUAGUCAAUCCAUUAGCUAAACAGAAUUUUCUAAAUUAACUUGCCCAAUUUGAAGUUGCUGAAUAAUUACCUUUUCAGGAAUUAAAAAAGGAGCAUUUACAAGUAGAGGAUGAAUAAUUCGUAGAAAAGAUUACAUAACAUCUAAAAUCUAAAGUAAAACUAUGA